GUCUCCUACUCAAGAUCAUCAAAAACUUCAAACCAGAAUCAGCAAUGGCAGCCUCAACAAUGGCCCUCUCUUCCCCUUCUCUCGCCGGAAAGGCUGUGAAGCUGUCUCCCUCAGCUCCUGAGUUGAUGGGAAACGGCCGUGUGUCCAUGAGAAAGACGGCGUCCAAAUCUGUUUCCUCCGGCAGCCCAUGGUACGGUCCGGACAGAGUCAAAUACUUGGGUCCAUUCUCCGGCGAGCCACCGUCCUACUUGACCGGUGAAUUCCCAGGUGACUACGGCUGGGACACUGCUGGUCUCUCUGCUGACCCAGAAACCUUUGCUAAGAACAGAGAGCUGGAAGUCAUUCACUGCAGAUGGGCCAUGCUCGGAGCUCUUGGCUGUGUCUUCCCUGAGCUCUUAUCUCGCAACGGUGUUAAGUUCGGUGAGGCUGUUUGGUUCAAGGCAGGAUCUCAGAUUUUCAGCGAAGGUGGUUUGGACUACUUGGGUAACCCAAGCUUGAUCCAUGCACAGAGCAUCUUAGCCAUCUGGGCUACACAGGUGAUUUUGAUGGGUGCCGUGGAGGGUUACAGAGUUGCAGGCGGUCCACUGGGAGAGGUGACCGAUCCCAUUUACCCUGGUGGUAGCUUUGACCCAUUGGGUCUGGCUGAUGACCCAGAAGCCUUUGCUGAGCUCAAAGUCAAGGAAAUUAAGAAUGGUCGGUUAGCCAUGUUCUCUAUGUUCGGUUUCUUUGUUCAGGCCAUUGUUACAGGAAAAGGUCCAUUGGAGAACUUGGCUGACCACCUUGCUGAUCCUGUAAACAACAAUGCCUGGGCUUACGCCACCAACUUCGUUCCUGGAAAAUGAGCUUGUAAUUGAAAUUAAUGUGUGAUUUUCAGAUUUUAAUUCAAGGUGGCGGUGUGUUUGUGUAUAGUUUUUCUGCAGAGCAGUAGCGUGUGAAGCUGUUUCUUUUUACCAGUCUCAAUGCAUCUUUCUAUUCUUUCUUA